AUGCCGCUGACGCAGCCCCUGCGGUGCAGGGUCCGUCCUCCGUCGGCCUCCCAUACUCCAGCGUGCUCGCCGUCGUCACCAGCGUCGUGUCCGUCUCCGUUAUUAUUGCUGUCUCUCUCGCUCCGAGAUCGAUCUGGCUGUGUUUCUCCGGGUUCUCGUGCGUCAGCUCAGCGCCGUGUUCUGCGGACUUCAGCUGCCUCAUUACGUCUUAAAUACUUUCCCUCCAAUGUCCGCCUCCCUGUCUGUCCGACUCCGUUAACAACAACCACAUCCACAUCCACGCCUACACCCACACCUACUCUUCCGAUUCAUACAACAAAAACUACACCUCUCAUGGCAACACAAACAAGAGGCCAUGCCAGCCACGGCGGCCACGGCCACCAUCACCACCACCACGACAACGUCUACCUAACCUCGAGCAACACCUUCGACGCAGGCGUCCGCAUCACACGCAUUGGCCUCGUCGCCAACCUCGCCAUGGCAAUUGGCAAGUUCAUCGGCGGUUACGUCUUCCAUUCCCAGGCCCUGAUCGCAGACGCCUACCACGCGCUCACGGAUCUCGUUUCCGACUUCCUCACCCUCGGGACGGUCGCGUGGUCGCUGAAGCCGCCCUCCGAACGGUUCCCGAACGGAUAUGGAAAGAUUGAGAGUAUUGGUGCGCUGGGUGUUAGUGGGCUAUUGCUUUGUGGUGGUGUGUUUAUGGGAUUGAAUGCUGGGCAGGUGUUGUUGGAUCAGUUUUAUCCUGAGGCUGCGGAUGCGCUGGCGCACUCGGGGGUGUUGGGACAUGGGCAUUCGCAUAGCCAUGGGGUGGAUGUGUUGGGACCGAAUAUUCAUGCUGCUUGGUUGGCGGGUGGUUCUAUUGUGAUUAAGGAAUGGCUCUAUCAUGCUACUAUGAAAAUCGCCGAAGAACGCAAGUCGUCCGUCCUCGCAUCGAACGCCGUCCACCAUCGCAUCGAUUCCCUCACCAGUAUCGUGGCUCUGUUCACCAUCGGCGGUACAUACGUGUUUAAGGAUGCCUCCUGGCUGGAUCCCGUGGGCGGCCUGUUGAUUUCUCUGAUGGUUAUCAAGGCAGGAUGGGGCAACACCCGGACCUCAUUGCUGGAAUUGGCCGACACAACCGUGGACGAUGAUAUCAAAGGGUCUGUUGGCAAGGCGGCGAAGAAAGCUCUCGCUCAGAUCCAAGACAAGGCUGCUGAGGUCCGUGACGUCCAGGGUAUGAAGUCUGGUCAGAACUACCUCAUGGAAAUUGAAUUGGGAGUGCCCGGAUCGUGGUCCGUUAAGCAAUCUCGGAAGGUUGAGAAUGCGGUCCGAGAAGCCGUUGGAGCGGGCGUAAUUGGCGUCAAGCGUCUUAAGGUCCGCUUUGUGCCGUCGGAGCAGACUGAUGCGAACUUUACGGAGGAGUUCAUUGCUCCGGAGACUAGUGCACGAAUCAACCCGGAGGCUGGUGACGACCAAGACCACGACCACGAGCACGACCACGAGCAUGAGCAUGAGCACGACCAGGAGGAUUCCAAAAGGCGUUGA